ACAAACCUUCACAUCCAGCAGAGAAUAUCCUAUCAAAAUGUCUGGUAAUAUGAUACCGAUCGCUGGCGAGGAUAAAAAACGAAUCUGUUAUUUCUUCGAUUCGGACAUUGGAAAUUAUCAUUAUGGCCCUGGUCACCCCAUGAAACCCCAUCGAAUUCGAAUGACACACGCUCUGGUGAUGAACUACGGACUAUACAAAAAAAUGGAGAUCUUUAGGGCGAAACCUGCAACCCGCAAGGAGAUGGCACAAUUUCAUACGGAUGAUUACGUGGAUUUCCUGAGCAAAGUGACCCCUGACAACAUGGAAGAAUUCGCGAAGGAACAAGCUAAAUUCAAUUUGGGCGACGAUUGUCCUGUAUUUGAUGGACUGUUUGAAUAUUGCUCGAUAUCCGCUGGUGGCUCGAUGGAGGGAGCUGCGAGGUUAUCCAGGGAUAAAUGUGAUAUAGCGGUUAACUGGGCGGGUGGUCUCCAUCACGCAAAGAAAGCCGAAGCUAACGGCUUCUGUUAUGUCAAUGACAUUGUAUUGGGUAUCCUCGAGCUUCUUCGCUACCACAAACGCGUACUCUAUGUUGAUAUAGAUGUGCAUCAUGGUGACGGAGUGGAAGAGGCUUUCUACACGACCGACCGAGUGAUGACAUGUAGUUUUCAUAAAUACGGUGAAUUCUUUCCUGGUACAGGUGAACUACGUGAUACUGGGCACGGAAAGGGGAAGCACUAUGCCGUCAAUUUUCCUCUGAGGGAUGGUAUCACCGAUGAGGCGUACAAAAACAUCUUUGAACCAGUCAUUAUGAAAAUCAUGGAGACAUAUCAGCCUUCAGCCAUCGUGCUUCAAUGUGGUGGAGAUUCAUUAUCAGGAGACCGCUUAGGAAGUUUCAAUGUAUCAAUGCGAGGACAUGCCAAUUGCGUUCGAUUCAUUAAAUCUUUGGGACUGCCUUUACUUCUUCUGGGUGGAGGAGGUUACACAAUUCGGAAUGUAUCAAGGACGUGGGCCUACGAAACCGGACUUGCAGCGGGACAAGAGCUGUGUACAGAUAUUCCAAUGAAUGAAUACUAUGAAUACUUUGGCCCCACUUAUCGCCUAGAUGUACCACCCUCCAACAUGGAGGACAUGAACGUGGUCAAGUAUUUGGAAAAGACUAAGAUUCAGAUUUUUGAAAAUUUGCGACACACGAUUCCCGUUCCAUCAGUUGGCCUGCAAGCUAUUCCCAGGCUGGCUCACGAUGAGAUGGAUGUUGAUGAGGAUCUGGACGAUCCCAAUGAGCGUAGACCUCAGCGGCUACUGGAUGGAUUGAUACAACGAGACGAUGAGUUUUCUGAUAGUGAGGACGAGGGCGAAGGCGGGCGACGUGAUAUUCAGUCUCACAAACGGGCACGGAGACAGUCUCCCAAAAUGAAUGGGAAUGGGAUCCUUAGCAUUCACUCUGGAAUCCAAAAUUCAUUUUCUCAAUCUCGACAUUCAGCUGACCUCCAUUUCAACCGGCCGAGCUCUAGUCACAAUUCUUCUCUAUCGGUAGACACACCGGACCCUCCUAUUGUCACACCAACACCGGAUCCAACCAUUGCCGCGCCAACACCGGAUCCACCUGUUACUGCGCCAGCGCCAGACCCACCUAUCACCCAGCCAGCACCAGACUUAGUUGUCGGGCCAGAACCGGGCCCCUCCGCUCUCCGGCCAACUCUAGACCCACCUACUGUCGGGCCAAUAGCCAACCCACAUGUUGUUCCACUAGUACCAGAUCCACGUGUUGUCACACCAGUAGCAGCUCAACCUGUCGUCGUGCCAGUAGAAGUUCCACCUGUCGUCGUGCCAGUAGCAGCUACACCUAUUGUUGCGCCAACACCAACAACAGCUUUGGUUGAUAUCCCAAUGCUCUCUCAAGUCGACCAAAUGGAGCUUGAAAAACUGACUUCCGAAGCUUUCAACGCUCAGAUUUGAAAACACCAGAAUGCAGGAGCUGCCCUGCCCAUCCUCCCAUAUAAACCGCCAUUGUUGUAACAAUGUUUUGAAAAUGAUGUAUCAAGAUU